AAGUAGCAUCUCAACGCCAAUACUCGAAAAAGUUUCCGCAAACACGAGCGAGGGAGAGAGAGAGAGAGAUGGGUAGUCUGCAGGAUGGCGCUUCGGAUGGCAAAGUCAUAACUUGCAAAGCUGCGGUGGCAUGGGGUCCGGGGCAGCCUUUGGUGAUUGAAGAUGUCUGCGUUGAUCCGCCUCAGAAAAUGGAGGUCCGAGUCAAGAUCCUCUUCACCUCCAUCUGCCAUACUGAUCUCAGUGCCUGGCAAGGCGAGAAUGAAGCUCAUCGGGCGUAUCCUCGAAUCCUCGGCCACGAAGCCUCCGGAAUCAUUGAGAGCGUGGGAGAGGGAGUUACGGACAUGAAGGAAGGGGACCAUGUGGUUCCGAUAUUCAACGGGGAGUGUGGGGACUGUGUCUACUGCAAGUGCGACAAAACCAACCUGUGCGAGAAGUUUCGGGUCAACCCGUUCAACAAGGUGAUGGUGAAUGACGGGAAGUGCCGAUUCUCGACCAGGUCCGACGGGAAACCUAUUUACCAUUUCCUCAACACUUCCACUUUCAGCGAGUACACGGUCUUGGACUCUGCUUGUGUCGUUAAGAUCGACUCCGAAGCUCCCCUCAAGAAGAUGACCUUGCUCAGCUGCGGCGUUUCUACCGGUCUUGGAGGUGCGUGGAACACUGCUAAUGUGAAGCCCGGGUCCACAGUUGCUGUUUUCGGUUUGGGCGCCGUGGGACUUGCGGCAGCCGAAGGAGCGCGAACCAGAGGAGCAUCUAAAAUCAUAGGAGUUGAUAUUAACUCUCAGAAAUUCAUCAAAGGGAAAGCAAUGGGAAUGACAGAUUUCUUUAACCCAACGGACCUUGACAAGCCGGUUCACGAGAAAAUUAGAGAAAUCACGGGAGGAGGAGUCGACUACAGCUUUGAAUGCGCCGGAAACGUGGAUGUUCUCCGGGAAGCCUUCUUGUCUACCCAUGACGGAUGGGGGUUAACAGUGGUACUAGGAGUUCAUCCAACCCCAAGGAUGCUUCCUCUUCAUCCAAUGGAGUUGUUUGAUGGUCGUAGAAUCGUGGGAUCGGUCUUCGGAGACUUCAAAGGGAAGUCACAGCUCCCCCAUUUUGUCAAAGAAUGCACGCACGGGGAAGUGAAUUUGGAGGAGUUUAUUACUCACGAGCUUCCCUUCAGCCAAAUCAACGAAGCUUUCCAGUUGUUAAUCGACGGGAAGUCGCUGAGGUGCCUUCUUCAUCUUUGAACUCCAGCGGCCUGAUCAUGAUCGAGCAAGUGUACGUGAAUGUGUGCAUGUAUUAUAUGUAUCGGUGCAUCGCAUGGGAUCACCACUUGUUAUAUUUUAUUUUAAAGGAGAAAAGGACACAAAUUUAUGUAUUAACCUCUGUAAUACUAUUGUAUACCUGGUGUGAUUUUGUGUGAAUGCAUGCAAACUAGCUACAUAAA